UAAUAAUUUUUAAUUUCAUUCUAAUUUCAAUAAUUUUCUGCACGCUAAACUAUUUUAUAAACUAGUAAUAGUGAAACCUGUCGCAAAACUGCAAUAAGUCUGAAAUAAAACGUGUUUGAAGCACAAAACAAAAGCGCACAAAGCAGCGACAAUAGUGUAAAAAAAGCAAAAAAAAUAAAUAAAAAUAAAACAAGUAAAAAUUUCACAAAAAGUAUACCAUUUUACAUAUACACAACUAGAUUAAAGCACAAAAUCAAGUAGUAGUACAUAUUUUAUAACAAUAAAUGCUUUCCAACGCUUGGAGAAACGUACAGCAGGGUGUUGUACGCAAUCUGACCGCUGCGUAUUUUCGAGGUGUGUGCAGUGCCGGACGCCCGCUCGCUUGUGCAAGUGCAAAUGCACUUAACAUCAAGCGGAAUAGCGCGGAAUUAAUGUCGCUGCGACGUUUUGACAUCAAAAUACAAAAGUUACUUAAAGUUGGUAUAAACAGAAUGCAUAGCUCUGUGGAGGAUUUAAAAUGGGCUUCCAUGCAUGUAAAGGUAUUGCCAGCGCUUCAGGACAAUUUCAUGUAUUUGAUUAUCGACAACUCAACCAAGGAGGCUGCCAUUGUUGACCCGGUCGAUCCGGAAAGUGUUAUAGCUGCUGUGCAAGCUGAAAAUGUGCAUCUUACUAAGGUGCUUACCACGCACCAUCACUGGGAUCAUGCUGGCGGUAAUGAGAAAUUAGUUAAGAUGUAUGGCAAGCCGCUGGAAGUGUACGGUGGUGAUGAUCGCAUUGGUGCACUAACGCAAAAAGUGUCUCAAGAUGAUCGCAUACAGAUUGGGAACCUUAAAGUGAGUUGCCUUUUUACCCCUUGUCACACCACUGGACACAUUUGUUACUUUGUGGAAUCGUCAAAUACUGAUGACCGCGCCGUUUUUACCGGUGAUACUCUAUUCCAAGGUGGCUGUGGGCGUUUCUUUGAAGGCACACCCGAUCAAAUGUACUCGGCAUUGUGCCAAAAAUUGUCUUCCUUACCGGAUGAUACUAAAGUUUUUUGUGGUCAUGAAUAUACAUUGCAGAAUAUGGCAUAUGCGCGUCAUGUAGAACCAUUGAAUGAUAAAAUUUUAAAGCGCAUCGAAUGGGCAAAGUUACGCCGCGCUACCAAAUCACCCACUGUGCCCUCGACCAUUGGCGAGGAGAAGUCUUGGAAUCCAUUCAUGCGUGUACACGAGGCCAAUGUGCAAAAGCAUGCUAAUGAACAGGAUCCCAUUAAGACUAUGGGCAGCUUGCGCAGGGAAAAGGACAACUUCAAAGCUUAGGGAAGGGAAUGAGGGCGAAGAGAACAAAGAGUGCUGUUGAUGAUGGUGGUACUGUGGAAAUAGGCGCACAUUUAAUUUUUGUUUUUACAUAUAGGGUUAUGUAUAUUUUGUUGGUUUGGUUGUUUAUAUAUACAUAUGUACAUAGAAGUCUUUAUAUUACAUCGGGGCAUGAUAAAAAUAUAGUAAGGUAGAACCGCUGAGAGGCACUUUUAAAAUUCUUGACGUUUCCUAGCAAUUCGAUUUCAAAAUUUACUCACAAACUAGCACAUCCACAUUUUAAUUUUCAAUCUCAAGCAACAACAAUUUUGAACAAUUUAAGUUUUUUAUUUUCAAUCUUAUACGAUUUUAAAAUGUUGGCAACCAAAGAGCCGCACUGAGUUGUCAAUCACACCUUGUUUAAUACACCUUGGUUCUAUCUUACUAUGGUUUUAUCAUGCUUUGGGGUAUAGCAAUUAUAAGAAUCUUAUUUACAUACGAUUUUGGGACUUUUAGUGCUAAAUAGCACAGUAAAUUAAUGAACUUCUUGAAAAUUUUCAACAAGUAUGAGAGAAGAGAUCUUCCUUUCUUCUUAAUAACUAACUUAACAUUACUGCACACUUCAUUUUUAUUGCUACUUGGAAUUCAAGUUAAUGAAUUGUGUUAAACAAACUGUGAAUUUAUGUAUUUAUGUCAAUAUGAUUCAAGCUGAAUUAAAAAUUGAAGUAAACCAUUUGUGAUUUCUGCCUAAACAUUGAAAAUUAUAAAUUUUCGUAAUAGAAAUUACUUAGCUGAAUUAAAUGUGCUCACUAUUUGGGCGUGGCUUAGCCCACAAUAUAUAUAA